UUUUGCAGGUGAAAUAAUAGAACAUUUAAAAAGGAUUCAGGCGGAGUUUGUCUGGUUGAGUCCCGCCUCUGUUUCCACCAUUCCCAGAAUUCUGUAAAAGCAAAGUCACAAUCAAACCCAGACCCAAACCCACCUCAAUUUCAUCCAUCUUCUUCACACAAACACAGUUCAUCAAAUCAAAUGCCCAUGUCUACUUCUCUCUCUUCUUUCUCUCUCAUCCCUGCAAUAAAGAAAAAGAAAAGAAACCGCAUCUUUUUUUUAGUUUCUCGAGUCUUUUGACCAGUUUCCUGUUCAUAAACAGACAACCCACACCCAUCUGGGUCCUUCCUUUUUCUCUACUCUCCAAUUUCUAUGUCUGUCAGAAAAGCGCCAUUAACGAAGCCAAGAUGCUCUUCAAACCCAGAAAAGCUAUAUAUUAAUCAAGGUUGAAAAUGGCGGAUUCGUGUAAAAAAACAAUUCAUGGGUUUUUGUUCCUGAAGAGAAUGGUUCGUUCUGUUUUGUAAGGACACGCAGAGAAUUCGAAGCAGAGGAGGAAGAAGCCAAGUGUUAAGUUAAGAAGCUCUCUGGAUUUGUUGCCCUAAUACGACAACCCCAAUACGUACAAACGCACGUAUUCUUCUACCAAAACGACACCCCAAAUCAUUCCCUUAAACUGGCCGUUUUCCAUCCCCUUUCUUCCUCUCAAUGUUAUUAGCGGCUUUUGUUGCUUUAUUUCUCCUCGCUUCGACCUCGGCGCCGCCCAUUGCGGCGGAGAGUUUCAUACCCACCGCCGAAGAGUACCAGAAACUUACCGGCAUUAAAGCGUACUUGAAGAACAUCAAUAAACCCCCCGUCAAGACAAUUCAGAGCCCAGAUGGGGAUUUAAUCGAUUGCGUGCUCUCUCAUCUUCAACCUGCUUUUGAUCACAUUAAGCUCAGAGGGCAACUCCCAUUGGAUCCCCCAGAAAGGCCAGAGGGUUUCAACUCCUCCGCCGGCUCUGUUGCAGAGAGCUUCCAGCUAUGGCGGCAGACCGGUGAAUCAUGCCCUAAAGGAACCGUUCCCAUUAGAAGAACUACAGAACAAGACAUUUUAAGAGCAAGCUCUGUUCAAAGAUUUGGAAGAAAGCCAAUAAAAUCUGUCAGAAGGGACUCAUCAGACAGCGGCCAUGAGCAUGCUGUAGUGUUUGUUAAUGGAGAACAAUAUUACGGGGCAAAAGCCAACAUAAAUGUUUGGGCACCCCAUGUGAGUGAUCAAUAUGAGUUCAGCUUAUCUCAAAUCUGGGUUAUUUCUGGAUCAUUCAAUAAUGAUUUGAACACCAUUGAAGCUGGUUGGCAGGUUAGUCCUGAGUUAUAUGGAGAUAAUUACCCUAGAUUCUUCACAUAUUGGACGACAGAUGCAUACCAAGCAACAGGGUGCUACAACUUACUGUGUUCUGGGUUUGUUCAAACUAAUAACAAGAUUGCCAUAGGAGCUGCCAUAUCUCCAAGAUCUUAUUACAAUGGCAGACAAUUUGAUGUGGGUUUAAUGAUUUGGAAGGAUCCGAGGCACGGAAACUGGUGGCUGGAAAUUGGGCAGGGACUGUUAGUAGGGUACUGGCCAGCAUUUUUGUUCAGUCACUUGGGAAGCCAUGCCAGCAUGAUCCAAUUUGGAGGAGAAAUAGUGAACACAAGAUCAACAGGGUUACACACAUCAACACAGAUGGGAAGUGGGCAUUUUGCAGAAGAAGGCUAUGGAAAAGCUUCUUAUUUCAGAAAUCUGCAAAUAAUUGAUUGGGACAACAGCUUGCUUCCUAUCUCGAACCUCCAUCUCUUGGCCGAUCAUCCGAAUUGCUAUGACAUAAGACAAGGAAACAACAAGCUUUGGGGCACUUAUUUUUACUAUGGAGGCCCCGGUAGAAAUGUACACUGUCCAUGACCACAUCAAAAUGGCAUAGAUUUUUUCUUUUUCUUUUUUAUUUUUGGGGAUUUUAUUUCUUACCCACUCUCUCUAUAGGCAUUUAGAAUGAUUUGGUUUGCUUUCAUUAUUAUAAUUAUAUAAAUAUCUUUGGGUUUCUUCCUUCC